UGAUUUUCACACAAGAUAAGUUCAUGGCAAUUCCAUUGUUUCAUUGUACCCUACUAGCUAUAACUAAUACCCGACAGCUGUGAAGGUUUAAACUCUUGUUAUAGCUCUGAGCUAGUGGCUACUAUAUAUGUAGUUAGAUCAUCAUCUUAUUCUAGCUUCAAUGCUGCUUAAAGAAAGAGCUACUUUCGGACUGUUAGUCCUCGCCACCCUCACACUGUGCUCUGUUUUCUCUAAUGCUAACAUGAUCUCUGUCACUGCUGAUAGGAACUGCAGUGAAUCUUGUCGGACAUUGGAUAUGGCUUUGCAGAAUAUACGUUCCAACUCUACUCUACAGUUAGAACCAGGGACACACACUGUAAGAAGUAGCUAUAAUGUUUCAGAAAUAACUGAUUUGAGCAUUGUUGGUGACCUAGGUAAUAGUUUGGAUGUUGUUAUAAUGUGUGAUGAUUCUUUUGGGCUGAUUUUCGUGAACAUCCAGAGGCUGACCAUCACUGGAGUAGUUAUUCAGAAUUGUGGCUUCACAGGAUUCGAUCGUGUUUCAACUCUUUUCGAUUCAAUUAAACUCUCCAUUGAUAUAUUUUUUAUGCCGUUAUUCCAAUUUUCCUCUGGUAUAAUGCUUGUAGACAUUCAGGAUUUGGUGAUGGAGAACACUGUCAUUCAAGAGAACGAAGGUUUUGGAUUGGUUGGAAUUAACAUCAUUGGAAAUUCGAGAUUUUCAAAUGUUGACUUUAUUUCAAACUAUCCGUCCAACAAUUCAGUAUGCAAUUUCAGAGUAACACUCUCUACUGGCGGCUCUGGGGGAGGUCUCUUCUUGCUCUAUCACGAUUACAUAGAGGAGUCAAAAAAUCUUCAAGCUGAAAACUCAACUCUUACAAUCGAGAAUGGGAACAUAAUGAACAAUUACAACUGCAGACGAGACCCCUUCACGGUUCUAUACAACAGAUUGUCAAGAACACUAGACUCAAAAUUUGCUGUGAACACAAGUAUAGCAGGAUCAGGAGGUGUGAGUGUAUCUCUCGGACAAGCAAGGUAUGGAGUCAAUACUCGAUUUGACCACUGCACAUUUAUCAAUAACUCAGCCUUAUAUCAGAACGCAGGUAUGAACGUUUAUUUAUACAAUGUAACACAAAGGAGCCAAGUUUUCAUUCAGAACUGCAUAUUCCAAAAAAAUGGUGGUCUAUUAUACAAUCCUCAGGCGUUUUUUCCGGACAACGGUUUAGAUCCAUUCGGUGCUCUCGGUAUUGCUUUUUUCGUACCUAUUCCAACAGAUUUCCGCCUUACUCGAAACAAUUCUCUUCAAUUUCAGUUGGACCCGAACAGAGUGCAAAUAGAAAACUGUUCUUUUGUUGAUAACAUAGCUUUGUCAGCAGGUGGCCUACUAAUUUUCUCGUUUACAACUGCAAACCAAUACACAAAUGAUGUCAUUUUGAUAAAAGAUUGCGUAUUUCGAAACAACACUGGAAACUUUGGUAGCGGACUGUUCAUAACUGAACUAAGUUAUAGUGCUUUUGAAUCACGACUAAGCAUAAUCAUCGAUUCGAUUAUCAUCAUAGGCAAUCAGCCACUGUUGAGUUCUUUUGGGACAACAACUCAGUUUGAAACUUAUUCUGCAACAGAAAUCAGCAAUGUACGAGUGCAUUUUAUUGGUAAUAAUACUUUCACUCAAAAUGACAUGACGGCUUUGUCUACUAGAAGUGCUGUUUUGGCAAUGUCUGGAUAUGUUAUCUUCUCUCACAAUAGUGGAGUUAAUGGUGGCGGCUUACAUUUGGAGAGAGAGUCGUACGUUGUUUUUAUCAACCAAACAGAACUGGUGUUUGAAAACAAUAGUGCCAUUGUAGUAGGUGGGGCAAUAUAUGUUGAUUUCAGGACUAUUCGCUCGAGUAGUUACGAUUGCUGGCUGUUUAUUGAAGAUGUUGACAUAUACUGUGAAGUAUCUAAUAGCUGUCCAGCACCUAAUAACAGAUUUAUAAUAAAGUAUUUUGGAAACAAAGCCCCAUUUGGCGAAGCAGUGUAUGGUUCAAACCUUUUUGACUGUCCUUGGAGAGUGAAUAAAAGUAUCAAUAUCAUAAAUAUCACCGACAUAGAAAGCUACCCCAAUAUAAGUAAUUUGAAUCCACAAGAUUUACCUGUACUUUUCGAUCCACCAUUUACCAUCGAUAAUAAUGUAACAAUCAAUACUUUUCCACUGCUUCUAACUACAACACCUGAACAAAAUUCCUCUGCUCCAACUACCACAUAUAAAAAUGUGACUGUUGAGCCUGGACAACAGUUUAUAAUACCUCUGAGUGCUUACGAUAGAAUAGGGCAACCAGUUCCUCUUACUGUAUUUUCUCAGAUAGAUGAUAACGAUGCUUCGGCUACCAUAGGUGUUAGUAACAGAGAACUGCUUCCUGGAGGGGAUGAAGAAAAGUUCAGAAAUAUUUCGAUCCGCGUGAAUGGAAGUGUGGAUAGACAGUACAGAGUUACCAUCACUUCGAAUGAGGUAUCAUUGGUGGCUACAUUCACUGUAUUCGUGACUUUGAAAAACUGUUCUGCUGGGUUUAUAUACAAUGAAACGACAAUGAGUUGCGAAUGUGAAAUUUCCUUGUAUUUGACUGGUGUCAUGUGCAACACAAAUCGUAGCAUAUCUUUUGAAGUAGAUGAUUGGAUAGGGAUUGACGAAAGAAACUUUUAUAUACAGGCACCUUGCAUUCGAGAUUUUUGUGAAGUUCGUACCUCAGUACCAGUAGUGCUCUUGUCAGAGCCUGAUACCCAGUGCAGGAACCAUCGCUCUGGUCUGCUGUGUGGGGGGUGUGCUAACAACUACAGUCGUGUAUUAGGAGGAACAGAAUGUGAACUCUGUACCAACAAUGAUUACUUGGCCUUGAUUGUUCUGUUUGCUGCUUUGGGAAUCAUCCUUUUUGUUAUCCUUGCUUUGUUUAAUGUGACAAUUACUGAUGGUUUUGUCAAUGGCUUCAUCUUUUAUGCAAAUAUAUUCAGUGUGUACACAUCGACGUUUCUUUCAGUCACGGAAGUUAGAGGUGGACCACCUCUUGCUGUAAUCUCUUUCUUGAAUCUGAACUUAGGAAUCAAGUCGUGUUUUUACAAAGGAAUGACUGAACUUGAUCUGGUUGGUUUGAAUCUAAUUUUCCCCUUGUAUUUGAUGGUCAUUCUUGUCGCCGUUGCUCUGUUUGGAAAGUAUGUCACGUAUGAAAAAGUCUCAAACUUCUACUACAAAAUACAUAUCACUCAUAUUUUUGCAACACUCCUCUAUAUUUUCUAUGCUAGUGUGACGGAAACGUGUGUAGCCAUUCUUGCAUUUGUUUCGAUAACUAUCGACCAGCAAGCAGAGCAAAUUAUUCGAUGGGGACGUGACCCAAACGUCAUGUAUGGCCAUGAAAUUCAUGGAGUUCUAGUUGCCGUAAGUGUAUUUUUGCUAGUGGUUCUACUUCCCCUGCCAAUUAUUCUAUUGGUUCCAAAGAUUUCCUAUCGAAUACCAUACAUAAGGAAGUAUAAACCGGUUAUUGAUGCCUUCAUUGCUCCUUUCACUCCUAAUAGAACGUUUUGGGUCAGUUUUCGCCUUCUUUUCCGUGUAUUAAUAUACGUCAUCUCAGCUUUGGGAGUGAGUACUAUACAGCUCAUUAUUAUGUCCUUCUGUAUAACUUCCAUGACACUUUUGCAAGCGUAUUUGAAACCGUUUGCUAAUGCCAGUCGAAAUGUUGUCGAUACUUUUUUGAUGUUCAACCUCACCCUAUUUUCAAUAGCGGCGAUAGUGCUCUUUGAUAAAUCCUUAACCCAAGAAUAUCAAGUGACGAUAUUCAUGUUCAUCUUCAUGUACAUUUUCUCAAUCAUGUUUCUUUUGAUUUUAACUCACUACGUGUUGAAGAGAUUCCAGUUCUCGAACAAACCGUAUACAAAGGUUCAGAAAUGGAUGGCUGCCAAGAUGAACGAAAUGGCUGACUGGUUUGAGAAUCCACACUGCAGUUUUUCAAAGGAUGAACCUGCCAAGGAGAAUUCAAAUGAAGUGUUUCCCAGUGUCAUGAAUAAUGCUAUAACUCACACUAGUUGUGAAAUAUUUCCUGCUACCCGGUUUCGUGAGUCUUUGUUGGAGGAUCUACCAGUGCGUGCAAAGCCGAAGAGCACUAUACCAAACAGUACUGCACAGAGUGGGACAACUACGCCCAGAAGCACUAACUAUACCACAGGGACAGGAGCUGAUGAGAGUUCUUUUUGACCUGCUUGCAGAUAUAAAACUGUGUUGAUCUCUGUGUGGCUAUAUAAUUAUAUAUAUAUAUAUAUAUAUAUCAUUUUUAAUGUGUUAGCGUAGAGUUGUGUGUUAUACAGUAUUCAAUUAAAC